AAAGAUUUAGGCAGAGUAGUGUAGGGACUACUGAUCAAUGUGUUCUGGCUCCUCUUACUAAGGUGGAUGUGGAUCUGGAUUGCCCUCCGUCUGGCGGCCCUCCUUCAUAUUCUGCUGCCUCACCACGAAGGUCCACAGCAGAUCCUGAACCACAAACAGAAAAGUCGCCGAAAAUGUUGCGAGUCCCACUCCUGUCCGGAAGAUUUAUCCUUCACUCGCGGCCGACUUUUGUGCGACAUCCCCAAUUGCUUGGAGGACCAGGAGCGUCACGUCGUCUGAGAAGCCUGAAGGUCAUUUCCCGAUGGUAGAAGUUGCUAAUCCAUCCGUGGGAGGUGAAGAACAUGGGCCCUCUACUAUUUUCGUCUACCGGCCAUGGUCGCCUGCCGACCUUAAAGACGUGGCCGUCUCACAACCCAACCCGGAUUUGGAAGGAGGAGAAGAAUUCAAUCGUGUUUUUCUCCAGAUGCUUGAACAAUAUAGACCAAAUAUAGUUGAAAUCGAAAUGGUAAUGAUGAAAGCUCUAAGGCUCAGGUGGGGAAGGGUGAAAGGAGACUGGCCCGUGCAGAAUGGCCCGUAUAAUUGGGGUGCUGGUUCUCAAUACAGGAUAACCAUCAUGGCGCUGUGUGGACGGAUAGGUGCCUUUUUCCUGAGACGGAUGAACUGGGAGAAAAUUUCUGUCUGCAAACAGAAGCUGGGGGAAAGAGUCACAGACUAUCGUAACAGACUUGAGAAAGAAUUUGAAAUUCACAGCGGGAUGGACAGAAAACCAGACGGGGCUAAUGAUUCUCCCUGGGAACAACAGUGUAAGAUAAGACUGGUGGCUGGGUUGCUCCCAGAUUUGCGGAAACAUGUAAAAGAGCACUGCGUGGCCUUGGACGAGGGCCGCAUAGAAAUCGUUUGGCCGUAUAUCAAUAACGCCGAAAGAGUCUACGAGGGCCGAGAAGAUAAGAAAAAAGACGACAGGGAAAAGCGUGAAACGAGACUACAGAUGGCCCAAAUAGGUUUCUACAACGGCUAUGACCAGAGAGGCCGAGGACGUGGUAGAGCUAGAGGACGGGCACCGAUUCGAGGCAGAGGACGAGGUUAUGUUAACCGCUCAAAGUCGGACAAUGCCUGCCUCCGUUAUGGUUCCCUUGAACAUUGGAUUCGCGAGUGUCCUGAAAAGGACCCAAGAGAGGAUGGACGAAUGAAUAGGGACAAUUUUAAUUCCAGUGGAUUUACAGUGAACAACCCAAGGGUGAGGGGGUAUUGACGGUCAGGCGGGGCGGUCCAGAGCACAUCAGCCGGUUCUGAACAACAUCCACAGGAGUGUGAGAGCUGCUCUACCAACUCCCAUUGAAGGCCCACUGCACGACAUCAAGCCUGGAGACUGGGUUGUCAACAAGGACUGCAAGAGAAAGCACUGGAGCAAGCCACGCUGGUUGGGUCCAUACCAAGUUCAACUGGUCACUCAGUCUGCGGUCAAAGUUGCUGAACGAGGUACCUGGGUCCACGCCACGCACUGUAAGAAGGCUCCAGCAUUAGAAGAUACGGCGAAAGAAUAGGUAAACUGAAGUUACCUAAGGGCGGCGUGGGUUGUGGUGCUAGUAACUAACAACUCCAACUCAUCCUGCGAUCAUGGAGCCAGAGAGACAAGGACCAUGGAACCCCUUCAGGAGGUCUGGAGGAAUGAGAUGCACCAUCGGGUGCCU